GGAUUUUUCACCAUGGCCCCACAUGACCAGGCAGUGACAGUCAAUGGAACGGAAUCCUACAUCAGUGAUUAUUAUAGGACGCCUUACACGUGGUUCAAUUGCCUGCCUUCAUCUCAUGCUCAACCUAAUCAGAGGAGCGAAGAGCCGAGAUCGAUAUAUCUGCGCAUGCGCCAACUAAUCGAUGGCAGGAACCAUUUCUUCCUGGAGAAGAUUCACCACGAAAAAGAACUGCUAAUUCACAAAGGACCUGAUUUUUUAACAUUAAAAUACAUUGUACCUUCUCUUCACAAUCCGUUCCACCAGAAUUAUGGCUAUUUAUUUUUUUACGGAAGCAUGAGACGGUCUAAAGGCGACUUCAAUUUCGACAAGGAAAGAUCUCCAACCGUUCAGCUUUUCGAUUUUUUUAAUCUGGACUUCUUUACUUCACGUAACGAAACUGAUUCUUCUGACGGCGUAGUUAAUGUUCCAGAAUCCUCUAACGUACACCUGAAUAUUGACAUAGAACUCCACUCACCGUUAAGACUGGCACCAAUAAGAUUUUAUGAUAACUGUCUAGCAUAUCUUUGGCCAUCCAGUGUAGGCGUGGACGGUUAUCGCCAGAUCCGCUUCAGGUGAAUCAUGGAACCAAAUUCCUCUUGAAAAUUUCUAUAAAUUGCUCUGAGUCUCUUGCAAACGGCCUAACUUCUACGUUCCAACAUAUUAUAAGCUCUAGCAAAAUUGAUUAUCACAGAAGAUUGCUGUCUUCUGGGUUGUUGCGCUGUGUAGUCUGGUAGAUUUCCACCGUUUCAGAGGUCCUUGCUGCCUCCGUCAUCAGGGCGAUGAAUGUGCCAAUCGAGCAAAAGGUCCAGGUUUAUAGGGACCGGACAGUAACCGGAGUAGCUUGAUCUUAGCCAAUGAGAGCAAAUCUGGAGUGCGUGGGGACCAAUAGAAUAACUUUCGCCAGGUCCAGCGGUGUACAUUCAUAGCCCUGUUGAUGGAGGCAGCA